CCCGUCUUCUAAGAAACACAUCCAUGGGAGGAGGGGACUUUGAGUUGCACGUUUUAGUCACAUGUUUGCUUGGGGACAAGCAAACACCUAAGUGUGAGGGAAUUUGAUAACACCUAAAUUGGUGUAUUUUCCUUCCAUUUAUUAGGUGUUUUCAUAUCAUAUUAAUCAUGACGGGGUUAAUCAAAUCUAUUUUGUAGCCUAGAAUGAUUUGCUUAAUGUCUUUUUAGGUCACAUUUGAUGUUACAAGAGUAAAAGGUGAAGAAGGAGGGCUAAUGUGUAGGAAAAGAGGCAAAAAGCCAAUUCCCAUAAUGCAGUCUAAGGAAAAAAUUCAAGGCCAUGAAGAGAUCAUAGACAUAGAACACAGACAUCGCUUCACGACUGCAAUCUCUAAUCGCUAUGCCUCAAACUCGAAGAGGAAACACAAGAGAGAAGCAAAAGAUGUCAUAGUCAAUUUUGUGGCCCUUUGUAUUUGAGCCAGGACUAAGAUUGCGUCUACGAUCCCUAGCCUGCGAAACCACUUGCAGCCUGCAGCACAAGGGAUGACAAUGGGGCGGGUUUGCCUAAACCAUCCCCAUCCUUGCAUUCAAAUAUCCAUACCCAUACCCGCCCCAUACCCAUGCGGGAGAAGGUUUUACAAACCCAUCCCCAUACUCGUGGGUUUCGGUAUCUCUUGGGUAAUACCCGCCCCGUACAUCCGACAUUAUAAUACCUAAAAUUUUACCUGUAAAUUUUCAAUUAUACCACUAAAUUCACCUACUAUAUCAUAAAGUUGACAAAGAGACAAUCAUUCUUUAUACGGUUCAAAGCAUCUUAUCCUAAAACAUUCAUUAAUCCACGAGAUAUAGUACAAUAUACUCCAAAGCAUUAUUCUCUGACUCUGAUACAUCUUCUUAGUAAUAAAUAACUAACAUAAUCUUGUUAACGCGAAGAAAAAAGUGAAAUAGUGAAGGGAGAGUUCAUGAAAAAAAGUUAGGUUUUGAUUUGGGUGGCCACUCAAUUGCAUUUCUACCUGUGGCGGAUCCAGGGGGUGGCCACCUCGGGCCCCGACCCAGCCCUCCUGUGGAUCCGUAGUUAGUAUAGUCGUUACGAAUUUUUCGAUUUUAGGCAUUCGGUCCAGUUUUAUUUUAUAAUACGAUUGGGUAUAACUAGAAUAAUGAUUCAGAUGAACAUAUUCAAAUCACUACUCUAAAUUUAGCCUAGAAAUUUCAGCCCCAAAGAUUAUGCGUCUAAAAAAAAUAAUGAAACCUAAAAUUCUAAAAGUUUAAAAUGAAAAAGACUAAGAGAAAUAUGAGGUUUGUUCCCUUAAAAAUUUACUAGAGCAGCUGGUGGAUGCAGGGAUGGACCACAAUGCAAAUUGAUUAAUCGAUUGAUUUGUCUAGUGUUGAUGUUGCUCGUUUCAACAACUACUACGAAGAGAACCUUUUCAACAAUGAAACAUGCGAGAACUGAUUUGCUCAACAAAAUGAACGAUGAAUUCCUCGCCGAUUGCUCUAUAGACCCCAAUUAUUGAUGCAUUCUCUAAACUAAAAUACUAUAGGGUACAAUUUAAAUUGAAAAAAAACUAUAAUCAUUAUUUUUUACGGUUCUAAUUUUCUAAUGAAAUGCGGCUCAAUGCUUCUCUGUGUUCUAGAUCCGCCGCUGAUUUCUACUAUUUAUUUUUUUUAGUUAUCCUCACUAUCAUUGAUAUAUCACAAUUUGAUCCAAGUGUUUUUAUAUAUGGAGAAAUGGUCUUGGCCGGGCAGAUAUGAGUAUGGGUAUGGGUAUGGCUAUAGGGCGGGGGAGACUAAAAUCAUACCCGCCCCAUACGCAUCACACGUUUUGCGAGUUUUACCCAUACCCAUACCCGCCCCAUACCCAGUCAAUGCAGGAAUUCUCCGCAUUGUCUGGGUCGGAAACAGUCAGGUACCCACAAUCAUUAAUUUGAUUGUCAUCCCUAAACACAACCCAUAAAAGCGGUCUUUGCAUAUCAUGGCUUAGAGUGGCACUGCAGGUUCGCGAAUUCUAGUGUGUAGGCAGCAAACUUGUCUGGAUUUCUGGCCGCCUAUAUAUAGGGAGUAUGUAGUGCUGGGUGCUAAGGCUGAGUGGUAGAGAGAGAAUUAAGCUGAAGGGAACCUUUUUUUUUUUUACAAAUCUUGCAUUUCAUCCUGCAUUAUGCACCUUAACCUUGACUUUCAUUACGUGUGAUAACUGGUGAUUGAUGGGCAUCGUAAUUUGCAACAUAUUCCAACAGUUUCUCAACUGGUUGGUGAAAUCUCGAAUGACUUCAUUUGUUCCUCUUCCAUCUUAUUGGGUGUGAUAGAGAUGUUUUUUUCCCCAAUAUACUGAGGUGUUUUUUUUUUUUUGUAUUUAGAUUGAGUUACUUAGCCAUCACAACAUGUAUUUUAUUGGAAUUUGACCACUUGUGUAUUGCUCAUGAAUUUAUAUGUACCAUACCACUCAUUAACGAUAAUUUAGUGUUCACCAUCACACUAUAUGCAUACAUAUUGUAUAUUGCAUGAUAAGUAUUUAGAUGAAUAUAUAUUAUAUGAUUUGGUCGAAAAAUAAUUACACAUUUGCUGAAAUACCAUGGAUGGUAAUAUACACAAAUUGCAUAAAGACAAUAUAUGGCUUACUUACAAGUGUCACAAACUCAAUUCUCUAGAUCCAUGGAGAUGAAGGCAGAGGCCAAGACAACAAAGAAAGUUUAUUAUCUCUUCUCAACUAAUAUUCAUCUCCUUCUUCCUCUUCCUUUCUCAUCCAAAUUAAUAUAUACUAAUUAGCAAUCAAAAUAAUCAAGAAUUGCUAAUGAAGCAAUAAUAAUGGCGAAUUCAUUCCUUGUCUCCAUCCUAGCAUUCAAUGAUCACUCUAAAACCUUUCUCCUCUGGAAUACUUUUGACACAUUCCAUCAGGUUGUUAUCGCCUCGUUCAUGGGAUUAAUAGUUAUAAUCAUAGUGCAUUACCGAUAUCAAAAGCUACGAGAUCGGAGGAUAAUACCGCGGUUGAGGCCUUCGCAAUCUGGACGCCGCACCGAGAAGCUCGAAAGAUUUUCGCACUAUGUAGCAAGGCAAAUGGGAUUUGCAGAUAAGAGACAAUGUCCGCAUUUGUGCAAACUAGCUGCGGAGUACAUAAGAAAGACAGAGACAUGCGAGGAAGAUGUCUUUACUUUCUUCGCAGAGGAGCUUGAUGCAGAUUCCUUGUUUGUGAAGCUAGUAGAGGAGUUGGAGCGAUGCAUCCUUAGUUACUUUGCGUUCCAUUGGAGCCAUGCUGAUCUCAUCAUUAGUCAGGUGUUGAGUGCUGAUGCAGAGCCCAAGAAGAAAUUCAAGCAUAUUGUCAUGGCUGCCACUAGAGAGCAAAGGUUUGAGAGGGUGACAAAAGAUCUCAAGGUGGCUAGGGUUUUCAAUACACUGGUAGAGGAAAUGAAAGCAAUGGGUUUAGCAUCCAAUGAUGAUUCAUGUACGGAGGUCAUGGAACCAGUGGCGCAUUCCAACAGGAGUCCAGUCCUCUUGCUCAUGGGUGGAGGCAUGGGAGCUGGGAAAAGCACUGUCCUCAAAGAUAUCCUUAAAGAACCAUUUUGGGCUGGAGCAUCAGCAAAUGCAGUAGUUAUUGAGGCGGAUGCUUUCAAAGAAUCAGAUGUCAUCUUUAAAGCCUUGAGCUCCAGGGGACAUGUUGACAUGAUCCAAACAGCAGAGCUUGUGCACCAAUCAUCCACAGAUGCAGCAUCUUCUCUAUUGGUGACAGCACUUAACGACGGGCGAGAUGUGAUCAUGGAUGGUACACUCUCUUGGUUGCCCUUUGUGGUGCAGACAAUAACAAUGGCAAGAAAUGUCCAUCGAAGGCGUUACCGGAUGGGAGCCGGUUAUAGAGUUGCAGAUGAUGGAGCUGUGACUGAGAAUUACUGGGAGCAAAUUGAAGAAGAACAACCACUUGAAGAAGGAAACAAGAAGAGAAAGCCAUACAGAAUAGAACUAGUUGGGGUUGUUUGUGAGGCUUACCUUGCUGUUGUUAGAGGCAUACGGAGAGCCAUAAUGUGCAGAAGAGCUGUUAGGGUUAGGUCACAACUCAGAUCACACAAAAGAUUUGCUAAUGCUUUUUUAACUUAUUGCCAAUUGGUUGACAACGCCAGACUAUAUUGCACCAAUGCAUUAGAAGGGUCACCGAAGUUGAUAGGAUGGAAAGAGAGGGACAAAACUCUAUUGGUUGAUCCAGAUGAGAUUGAUUGCUUAAAACGAGUGGGCAAAUUGAAUGAGGAUGCAGACUCAAUAUAUCAACUCUACCCCGUUCCAAAUCCAGCUUGUGCUGCUGGUUCGAUCUGGAAAGACAUUGUACUAUCACCUUCAAGGAUAAACAUUCAAAAAGAGUUGAAAUAUUCCAUUCAAAAAGUUGAAAGAGCAAAAAAGAUGAAUCAAAACUUUGUUAGAUGAUGCAUAAACUAUUUCGAAACUUUGUGGUUUUGAGGAUGAACUUUUUCCCAUUAUUUCUAUGGAAGAUGAUUGUUUUACUUAGGUGGUUCCACUACAAAAUUUGUGUACAUUUUGCAUGGUCCAUGAAAUUGUACCGUAUUGGCGGUCAACCACAAAAUACCAGUAUCGGAGGCUAAACCGAUAGACAGUAUUUAACGAUACUAAUGGUUGAACUACGGUUAAACCACGAUUUUGACAUAAAAUAUCCUACCGCUGACUUUUCCGAUACGGUCUCCGGUACGGUUUGAUGUACCAUGACAUUUUGGCCUCUAAAUUACAUAGAAUUUCACUUUGUUGUAAAACGUCCAUACUUCACAUACAUUGAUAAGGAAUGUGUUCUAGAGUGUUUCACUUUGUUCGUCAAACUUCCGGUAUUGUACAUAUGCACGUUGGUUGUCCAACAUAAAGUAAGUUGGGACAAGUGAAACCGACAAACCGUACAAAAAAAUAGCAAGUCUUUUAAUUAUUUCACAAUCUCUGUUUAUUGAAAUAUGUAGAAAUUCAAUGUUUUAUAUCUCAACAUGAGAAUAUAAUAACACAUUUAGU